UCCGUAUAUUAUUUCCUCUGAUGAAAGAAUAUUUCCGAUCUGCGCCUGCCCCAGCCCUUUGUCUAUUGUCCUUGCUUGGACAUGAGGCCAAUUGCUCUCAUGUUUGGGCAUGUUUGAGAGGUGGAGAAACGGGGUCCAUAGAAAGACAGGUGAUGCUGAAGGAGUUGCCAUGACAGUGAGUGAGGAAGAGAGAGGGAAGCUGCAAGCAGACUAAACUUGGCAAGAUGUCAUAGAUAAGUGUAAAGCAGGUGAUGGAUUUGGAGAGAAGUGAAAAGACUGGUUGGAGACAGAGAAGGAGGGGGGAUGCGACGAGACACAAGCAGGUGGGGGAGGUCUGAGGGGACAAAAGAUAGGCUGGCCAGGUGUACUGGAUCUCAGUGUGCGGCAGACAUGAUCACUGCCCUAUGCCGUUAGCUGCGAGAAGGGAGAUAACCGAGUGAGGAGCAGAGACGGGACACAGGAUGGUGAGGUGCUGGAAACAUUCAGAACAUCACUUGGAUGAGGCACAGUGCACGGAUGGGGACCCAAUUGCUUCUUCUCCGUUCCACUUCCCCCACAAGGCAUUUUGGCCCAGUCUCACUGCAGUUCUGCUCUUGUUUAUCCUUGUCUUUGGUUUAACUGGACAUUUCAGGACGUCACAGUCAUCCACCCAGUCUCUACAGAUUGUAAGAUUCUCAUCUCCAGAUCCAACUGGCAAAGUUGUCAACCAGUCAGCAGUUGUGGACCAGGAAAAUGAUGUAGUGACCUUUUAUCUAGCAUCACCAGCUAACCAGAGAUCCACUGUGGUUUUUGAUAUCAGACAAGGUUUGAUAUGUUACAAGCCAGUAAACCAAAAGACAUGCUUCCUGCAAAAGAUGGAGGAGUCCGACUAUGAAAAUGUACGCUCCUUCCUCCAUGAGCCAAAAGAAAAGGCUCAGUACCAUCUAGAUGUGAAUGAAACUCUGAGACAGACAGAGUUUCUAAGUGUAGUGGGAUCAAGUCUGGUGGACAUGUCCACACUGAACGAAUCACUGCAACAACUGUGCCAUGACAGAACCGUUCACUGGACCCAGAAAACUGAUGGCCCAGGCAAACAGAGGCUGGUUUACUUCUGUAUUGACAUCUGUUUCCCCAGCAACAUCUGUGUGUCUGUGUGUUUCUAUUAUCUGCCAGAGUGA